AUGUCAACAACAUUGCAAUCACUCCCAUUCGAGGUCAUUAUGGAAAUUAUCAAUUUCCUGCCGAGUAACUUUUUAAUUUCCGAUCGAUUUUUACAUCUAUUGACUCGAUUGUUAUUGUCAAAUAUUGAUGAUGAUAGUGGAUCAUCAAAUGAUUAUACAGCCUUUAUGAAAAAAAGGCUAAAACAAGAUUUAUUUGAUGAACAUUACAUGUUUAAAUUGUUUACAACUUUGAAGAGCGCUGUAACAUAUAUCUCGAGGAGAAAUAUUAAUAACUGGAUUGCAACGUUGAAGUUUUUGAAUCCCGAUGAGUUUGAUCAUGAUUUAAUGUUGAAGGUAUUGAUUGAUCCAUUGAGAAGAUUAUGGCCAGAAAUGCCACGGAAUUUUUGGAGUACAGAUCCUAAAAUACAUGAGAUAAUGCAUAGUAAUUUGAUUCAAAUAUAUAAGGAGAUGGAUUUGGAUUGGAAGGAAUUGAAUUUCUUGUACAAGUUUAUUGAGAGAAAUUCAUAUUGCUGUCUUUGUUCGAAAACUAGAGAAAUAGCGGAAGAAGAAAGAAUAAGAAAUGCAUUGAGUAGUGUCGGUGGACAAUUGAAUUUUGAGUGGUACUUUUGUAAUAAUGAAAAUUAUAGAAAUGGACAUUAUGAAAGUCAAAUACCUGGUAUUUUAAAGUUGGCACAUUUAAACUAUGAUCUCCCAUUUAAGGUGAGAGGAGUUUUGAAAUUGAAAGAUGACAAGAUAGUUUACACCAAUUUAUGGGUUAAAAAACCUGAGAUAUGCCUUGAAUCUUCCCUUACAAACAUUCAGGGAUUAGGUGGUAAGGCCAUUAUCAAAUACUUAAGCAAACCAACUGAUUUUUUCUUUGACAAUGAUCCCACAAUGUCCGAAAUUGCUUCACAGCUAUACAUUCUUCCAAGCUCGUGCAAACCUAACAAGAUUAUACGAGCAAACACAAGAGAUAUUGUUUGCAUUUCAGAUAUAUUUAUCCAAGUACACGAACCUUCAACAAUAUCUACAUUCUGUGACUCAAGUAAGCAUCUAUUCAAGUGUAGAGAGAGUGUUUUAGGUGUGGAAGUUGACAUUAAUGUUAACAAACGUCAGAAGGAAUGUAAAAUAAUUCCAAGGAGCCCCCUCAUUACAAUUGCACCACUCUCUAUAAUGUUUAUUAUUGCACUACUACUUGAUCAUUUUAAAUGCUUUUUGAACUUUCGUUUUACUAGAGAAUUUUUUGCAAGGCACAAUCUAUCUUGGACUGAAUCAAUUUUACUUGUGCUUGGUGAUAUAACUUCUGCCACAUUGAUUGGAUAUUUUGCUAAGGCUUACUAUUGUUAUAGUCAGGGUUAUUUUUUGGAAAGUCAUAUCUCUUUAUUGGAACUAUUUGGAAACAUUUCAUUUAUUGGAAAUGCCAUCAAGUACACUUCCCAAAUAUUCAAUUCUUACUUUACUAAAAAAUCCAAACUCCUUCCAAUAUUUUUCAUGAAAAAUAACAUUACGAAUAUUAAAAAUUGA